AUGUCAGAUGCAGGAGUGAAGUGGUCGAAUCUCCAUACGCUUGAUGACCUCUUCUUAAUUAUAUCCACGGUAGUUUCUGUACCCUAUGCCUUAUCCAUAGAGGCACCCCAUCCUCCUAUCACGAAUGCAUCUAUUGACUAUUGGCCACAGGUUCUAAUGAUCCCACAAUCAAUUGUGGUGUCACUGAUGGCAGCGGCCAAUGGACUGGGUAAACCUCAUGAUGUUACACCUUUGGAGGAGUCUCACGCUCUGCAGGCUCAAUAUGCAUCUGAUAUUCUUUUCAUCGCCUCCUUGUCCGCUUCGAAGCUUUCGGCUGUUGCCCUGAUGCGAUCCUUGGGAGACAGAUCCCGAGAAACUCGGACAUGCCUGAUGCUCAGCACCAUCUUGACUGUCACUUGGGCGGCAUUCUCCGUCCUAGGGAGAAGCUUCAGUUGUCCACUGCCAAAUUUCUGGGAUUAUAUCAACGGCCAGUGCGACAAAAAUACUGUCAUUGCUCUGAGGAUUGGCAGUGAUGCUUUGCAUAUUACCACCGAUUUGCUUGUCACUGUAACAUUUCUGAGGAUCUUGAUGUGUCUACAGAUGGCCUUACGCUCUAAACUUACAGUCAUCGGUCUCUUUCUCUGUCGCAUCCUGUCUCUAUUCCCUGCUGCAUGCCAUAUGUACUAUUAUAGACGCGCGAUGAACUCAAGGAACCCUCUAUUUGACAUCUGGAUUUCGGUAGUUCUGGUUCAGAUUGUGCAAUGCGUCGGAAUUAUAAUCACAUGCAUCCCCGUAUUCAAACAGCUAUUGCGGAAACUCAAACACGGCAAGACAGUUGGCGAAGGACAUGUCGGGCCCAGGAGCAGCUGCCAUCCUCCCCAAUCAACAGGCCGCCUCGGUUAUGAUCUUGAGGCACCGGGGCAUACGCCUUUCUGUGAUCGUGUCACAUCGAGCCAGGAAGCUCUGGUGUAG